UAAGAGAAGGAAAUUAGGAACUGAAAUGAGCUGAGCUGAAAAUAAACGUAUGAGAACAGACCCUUAGUCUCACCCUUGAUAGAGAGUCAUUUAUAGACCUAGAAAUUUAACCAAAUCUUCUAUCCCAAAAAAGGUAAAAUGAGUAAAAAUCAAUCAAGAAAAUCACUAUUUUUAAGAUCAAAAAAAAAAAAAAAAAAAAAAAAAAAAAAAAAACUCAAAUAAUAGAUCUUCUUCACUCAAUUUCACAGUGACAAUGAAUAAAAGUGGUUGGUGGUGAAGCAGUUAAUGUGACAGUGAGUUACCCAGUUCCCAUCAAAAUAUAAAUGCGUUUGGCAUGGUUGUUGCCAAUAUUGUUCCCAUUUAAAUAAAUGCUACUCUUAUCUUCCUCACUCACUAAUAUAAAUAUGAAAGUGAUCAAAAGCACCAAAUUUUACAGCUUGACUCUUUUCUUUCUUUAUUAUUACUACUGUACUUCGCUUUCACAGUAAUCUAGAGAGAGAAACUGACAGAGUAAGAGAGAGAAUUUGAGGAGGGCACGUGGGCAUUCAUCAGCUUGUGGCCACCAUUGUUGUAUUUCUGAGCUUUUUAUGCUUCACUUCACUUUCCAGCCAUUUCUCACACAAAUCCCAUUUCUUCUUCUUAAUAAAGCUCCAAUCUUUUUUAAGUUCGAUCUUUGUAGACCAACAUAGAGAUAAAUUCUUGGUUCAUGUAGCUGACUCAACUCGACUCGAUUCGACCCCACUAAACAAAAUUAAGCCUAAUACCCAAUUUGUGUAUCUCAUUAAUGUACCAACCCAGGUACACAUUAAUGUGAAGUUGCUGUUGUUGCUGUUAAUUACUUAUGAUAUUUGGACCACCUUCAAAUUGACUAGUAAAUACCCUUUUCUUUAUUAAAAGAAAGAAUGUCAGUAUUUGUUAUGUUGCUAUUAUAUGGUUGUCAUAUUUGUCUUGCUCUUUCUUUUUGCAGAUUCCUAAUAUCCCAGAAAUUUAAUUUUUUUUUUCUAGGUUAAUUUGAUGAUUAGCUAGUAUAAUGUGGUUUAGAGGAGCUAGGUUUUGUGUAUUACUAGCAUUGUGAUUUGUGAGCAUGAGAAAAUUCCAGAAGCAGAAAUUUAAGUUGGUUCUUGUGUUACUGUUUUUCUUGUUUCUGGAAUUUGUCUUUGUUUGCCCAGCUACUGAGAAAGAGAAGCAGAUUUUGCUGCAGUUUAAGGGCAAUGUCUCAAAUGACCCUCUUAAUGUGUUAAGUUCUUGGGUUGCUGCGGCUGAUCCGUGCAGAAAUUAUACUGGUAUUGUUUGUGAUGCUAACCAAAAUGUUGCUAGAAUUGUAUUGUGGAAUACUAGCCUUUCUGGGGUUUUGGCACCUGCAUUAUCUGGGUUGCCAUCGCUUCGGUCGAUCACUUUGUUUGGCAAUAGGUUUACUGGGAACAUCCCAGAAGAAUAUGGAAGUAUUAAGUCAUUGUGGAAGUUGAAUUUGAGUUCCAAUGCUCUCUCUGGGCCAAUCCCAGAAUUUAUUGGGAAAUUGGAGAAUAUGAGGCUUUUGGAUUUGUCUAAAAAUAGGUUUUCAGGGGAAAUUCCACCCAAUUUGUUUGCAAAUUGUGAAAAAAUGAAGUUUGUUUCUUUAUCUAGCAACAAUCUUACUGGUUCAAUUCCUGAUUCUGUGAUCAAUUGCACAAGUCUUAUGGGUUUUGAUGUUUCUUACAAUGUGCUUGGUGGUAGUGUAUCUUCUCGACUUUGCGAGUUGCCUAGUUUGUCUUUCUUGUCAUUGAGGAGAAAUGUGUUUGCUGGGAGUAUUGAAGGGAAGCUAACAGGUUGCAACAGCUUAGAGUUUUUGGACCUUAGUAGCAAUAUGCUCGAUGGGAAGGCGCCGUUUGAUCGAUUAGGAUUGGUGAAUAUGACUUAUUUCAAUGUUUCUAAUAAUGGAUUUCAAGGGCAGAUUCCGGAUGCCAUUACAUGCAGCCAGAGGAUGAGGUUUUUUGAUGCUUCAUGGAACAACUUGGAUGGGGUGAUUCCUUCAUGGAUCACAAACUGUGCAAACCUGAAAAUUUUGGACUUGGAGAGCAAUAGGCUAACUGGGAAUAUCCCAAAGGGCAUUGGGACUUUGAAGAACCUUUCAAGCUUAAGGUUGGGGAAUAACUCGAUAGACGGGACAAUCCCUGAAGAGAUUGGAGAUAUUGAGCUAUUGCAAGUUCUCAAUUUACACAACCUCAAUCUUCAUGGUCCAAUUCCUGACGAACUUGCUCGUUGUCGAUUUCUCCUUGAGCUGGAUGUUUCUGGCAAUGUAUUAGAAGGUGAAAUACCUCAAACCAUAUAUAACAUGACAUACCUUUUAAUUCUCGACCUUCAUAAGAACAAACUCAGGGGUAACAUCCCGAUAAAUAUUGGAGACCUCUCUGGGAUCAAGUAUCUUGAUCUUUCGGAAAAUUUACUAUCUGGAUCAAUCCCUACUUCACUAGGUAAUCUAGGAAAGCUUACCCAUUUUAAUGUUUCAUACAAUUCUCUUUCUGGGGAAAUACCUCAACUUUCAACUAUCACAAACUUCGGGUAUACAUCAUUUUAUCAUAACCCUCGGCUGUGUGGCCAUCCUCUGGACAGCUGCUCGGGGGCAAUGUCAAAAAGGGCAAAGGCGCUUACAGUUUCUGCCAUUGUUGCAAUUGUUGCUGCUGCUCUUAUUCUUUUUGGGGUUUGCAUAGUUACCAUAUUAAAUAAAGGGGCACGCAAGAGUAGGGAAGAAGUGGAGACCAUGGUUUUAGAAAGCACUCCUUUGGCUUCCACUGAAACAAAUAUCAUCAUUGGGAAGUUGGUUUUGUUCAGCAAAAGUUUGCCGUCCAAAUAUGAAGAUUGGGAAGCUGGUACCCGAGCUUUGCUUGACAAAGAGCGUCUUGUUGGUGGAGGCUCCCUAGGUACAGUCUACAGAACCAGUUUUGAAGGUGGGAUCUCGAUAGCUGUGAAGAAGCUCGAGACUUUGGGAAGGAUCAAAAGUCAAGAUGAAUUUGAGCAAGAAAUUGGAAAAUUAGGAAAUAUUCAGCACCCCCAUUUGGCAACAUUUCAAGGUUACUACUGGUCUUCGACUAUGCAGCUGAUUCUUUCAGAGUUUAUUCCUAAUGGUAACCUGUACGAAAAUCUGCAUGGCUUAAACCUUGCUAGCUCCAGUAGUCGUGGUGGAUAUAGCGAAUUGUAUUGGGGACGAAGAUUUCAGAUUGCCCUGGGAACUGCUAGAGCACUAGCUUAUCUUCAUCAUGAUUGUAGACCCCCAAUUCUUCAUCUUAACAUAAAGUCCACAAAUAUACUCCUGGAUGAAAAUUAUGAGCCCAGGUUAUCUGAUUAUGGGUUGUCAAAGUUGCUUCCUAUGUUUGAUAAUUAUGGCCUGACAAAGUAUCACAAUGCAGUUGGGUAUAUUGCUCCUGAAUUAGCUCAAACUUCAAGAGGAAGUGACAAGUGUGACGUAUAUAGUUAUGGGGUUGUGUUGCUGGAGCUGGUCACAGGGAGGAAGCCUGUGGAGAGCCCUUCAUCAAGCGAGAUUGUUGUUUUGUGCGACUAUGUAAGAGAGCUAUUGGAGAGAGGAUCAGCAUCCGAUUGCUUUGAUAGAAGGUUGAGGAAUUUUGCUGAAGAUGAGCUGAUUCAAGUUAUGAAACUAGGGCUUUAUUGUACUUCUCAGGUUCCUUCCAAGAGACCUAGUAUGGCUGAAGUUGUCCAAUUCCUUGAGUCGAUUAGGAAUCACAGUACUUGAAACUGAAACAAAUGGUUUUUUGAAAUGUGGGUUAUAUUUGUGUAUGUUCGUUGUGCAGUGAAGCAACGUAGUUUAGCAGAGAGGGAAGUUGAGAUACUUUCCGAAGAAAUAGGUAGGGCGUUAGGGGAAACAUCAGUGAUUCUUUUGUAUUCUUUUUCUUUGUUUUCAAUCUCUCCCAUUGUUGUACACACCCUAUAUUCUGAAAUAAAUUCAUUGAUUUUUUGUAUAUCCCAUACAAUCCGUUCGCCUCUGCUCGAAUUUAAAUUUUGGCCUAUGUUUAGAGUUAUUUGACCGUGAAAGCGUCUGUUACAGCAUUUUCUAAAUC